ACAACAAAUGGUUCGGGAGUAGCGCGGUUGCUUUCAUAUGGUGCUGGUAGACGAGCGCCGAGUCUUUAGGUGUGAUUUGUUAGCGCUCCAAAAGGCACAUUUCCCCCCAUUGACAAGAAGCAUGGGAGACUCCUGCUGACACAACGGAGAGAUACACUCUGAGACCCACUAUGGCUGUGGACGCCGCGUCCAGCUUCAGUUUCUGCCGGGCCUCCCUGGACCACACAGUGUCCAGCGAGGAGCUGAGCUACCAGCUGCCCCGGCGGGCCGGCGGGGGCGGCAGCAGCCUGACCUGGCACGACGGCCGCGGCCAGCAGCAGGGGGCGCACACGCGCACAGUCAAGCUGCUGCAGCAGCCCGGCACUGAGGGCAUCCAGCUGCGUCCAGGCGAGGCCUUCACCGUGUACCACACCAGCCCCACGCUGUCCUGCCUCUCCAAGCCUGUGGUGCUGUGGACCCAGCAGGACGUGUGCAAGUGGCUGAAGAAGAACUGUCCCCACAACUACCUGACCUACGUCGAGGCCUUCGCCCACCACGCCAUCACAGGCCGGGCGCUGCUGCGUCUGAACGGGGAGAAGCUGGAGCGGAUGGGCAUCGUGCAGGAGGGCCUGAGGCAGGAGGUGCUGCAGCAGGUCCUGCAGCUGCAGGUGCGGGAGGAAGUGCGGAACCUUCAGCUCCUCAGCAGAACCUCCUUUGGAAACUUCUCUUAGCUCAUCCCUUGAUCCAGUUGGCAGCCCUCUUCCUCUCCUCUGCCACAGUACGGCUCCCAGAGUCUUGGAGGAGCUGUUGUGUGCAGAUAUGUGAGGGGAGAAUCAAUGCGUGAAA